AUGAAAUUAUAUUACUAUGGUUACGAACAAUCUUCAGUUAUAAAAGAAGUAUUUGAAUUUUACAAAUAUAUUGGUGAUGAAUAUGAAAGAGAAAACACAAUAGUAAUGGAUCUUUUAUUUUUUAUUGGUGGAACCAACUCUGGUAUUCAAGAUUCAAUCAAUGGUAAUCACAUUUACAUUUUAAUGAUAGUUUUUUUAUUCUUAAUAGAAUUGGCCGAUUAUUUUAUCGUGGUUGGUGGUGCUCACGCUCAAUAA